GGCGGAAGAGAAGGCCCGGGCCUAUGAUGCAGAGAGAGUCGCUGAGAGCUGCGAAAGGGAAAUUUUGAUCGAGGCUGUGUCAGAGGAGGUUUGGGCAUACAAAAGGAAGCCACAAGCCUAAAAAGGACCCACAGCAAACUAUUUUAAAGGACACCUGAUACUUGCCCUCCUCUCUGAAGUCGGACCCAGCCUCAGCCCCAGUGUAGCAGGCGAGGAGACCCCCCCCCCACUACCACCACCUUUUCUUCGAGGCUCGCUCGACUCUCCAGACGCAGGCCUUCGUCCCCCUUUCCAAAUACCAACUUUCCCUCUACCACCCCUGCCUGACCCCAUCCAGCGUGACCCACCCACCCUUCCGCAGGACUCUGCCCAGCUCCUCUCUCUCCUCCUCCAGGGGCUAGGCCUCCUCCUCCUCCUCCUGCUCCUCCUCUCCUCCUCUUGGCAGUAUGGCGGGUCGUGGGGGACCGGCGCGGACCAACGGGGCGGCCGCGGGUAACAAGAUCUGCCAGUUCAAGCUGGUGCUUCUCGGAGAGUCUGCCGUGGGCAAGUCCAGCCUGGUGCUGCGCUUCGUCAAGGGCCAGUUCCACGAGUACCAGGAGAGCACCAUCGGAGCCGCUUUUCUCACACAGACGGUCUGUUUGGACGACACGACGGUAAAGUUUGAGAUCUGGGACACGGCGGGACAGGAGCGCUACCACAGUCUGGCGCCCAUGUACUACAGAGGGGCACAGGCAGCCAUCGUAGUCUACGACAUCACCAACACAGACACAUUCACUCGUGCAAAGAACUGGGUGAAGGAGCUCCAGAGGCAGGCCAGUCCCAACAUAGUCAUCGCACUGGCUGGAAACAAGGCCGACCUCGCCAACAAGAGAGCCGUAGACUUCCAGGAAGCACAAGCGUAUGCAGACGACAACAGCCUGCUCUUCAUGGAAACUUCUGCCAAAACAGCGAUGAACGUCAACGAGAUUUUCAUGGCCAUAGCAAAGAAACUGCCGAAGAACGAGCCGCAAGGGGGAGCUGGAGCAGGUGGGCGUGGCAGGGGCGUGGACCUGCAGGAGACCGCCCCCCAGAGCAGAAGCGGCCAAUGCUGCGGAAGCAGCGGGAACUAAUCUCCACCAAUCACAGGCCAGCGAUAACGACAACAACAACAACAACAAAACAAAUGACCGAGAGUAUCAAGAGACACACCAACAGACAGUAUCAGUGGAUAAACACACACAUACAUGUGUCAGCGCGAAUCAUCAGUUUGAAAUGACUGUCAAUCGAGUCCACACAUGCACACACGCACACACGCACACAAACACAGGAAAAAAAACAAGAGUACCAUUUUGUUGAGUAAUUCACAUACCAGUAUGCCCAUAAUGACCACUUACUGCAGAGCCAGAAUCUCCUGAUAUGCGGUGGCAUAUUGUCCGACCAAUAAACUAACUGACUGAGUUGA